AUGCAGAACGUCUCUUCACAGCAGCACUUUAUCCUGAACGGUUUUGCAGAACUGGGCGACCUGAGGCCGGUCCUCUUCGUCCCGUUCCUCCUCAUGUUCAUCGUGGCUCUGCUGGCCAACUCCCUGCUGGUUUAUGUUGUCGUUUCUCAGAGGAGCCUUCAUCAGCCAAUGAGCAUCCUCAUCGCCGGCAUGGCUUGUGUUGACCUCUGCCUCCCGGUGUUCUUUGUUCCCAACAUGUUGCUCAGCUUCCUGUUUGACUGGAAGGGAAUCUCUCUGAUUGGCUGCCUGGUUCAGAUGCACUUCAUUCACUUCUUUGGAACGUUUCAGUCCACCUUGCUGGUGUGGAUGGCUCUGGAUCGAUACUUUGCCAUUUGUACGCCACUCCACUACCAUGAACUGAUGGCGCUGCAGAGAUUCCUGAAGUUUAUCGUCCCGCUGGUUGUCAGAAACAUGCUGCUCAUCUCUCUGUUUGUGAGUUUGGCAGGAAAGCUGUCGUUCUGCAGGAAUGUGAUGAACCACUGUUUCUGUGAGCACAUGGCCUUGGUGGAGCUGGCCUGUGGAUCCACCGCCAUCAACAACCUUGUAGGUCUGAUUACUGUCUUCCUCAUCCCUGUCUCUGACUUCUUAUUUAUCGCUGCAUCUUACAUUCUGAUAAUCAGCACCAUGUUGAGGUCCAGCAGCACCAGCGUCAAAGCAUUACACACCUGCAUCACUCACGCAAUGGUGAUCACGGUUAGCUUAGCCUUGGCUCUCAUUGCUUUACUUUCAUAUCGGAUUAAGAAUGAACUUCCUGCAGCCGUCCGAGUUUUCUUCAGCACCAUGUACCUGUUGUUCCCGAGCUGCUUCAACCCGAUCAUCUACGGCGUCAGAACCACUGAGAUCAGGCAGCACAUUCUGAACACACUGACGCACUGGAAACGAUUCGUCCAGACUGGACCUUGGUGUUCCUAA